AUGUUAUACAUUCGUUGUCAUCUUCUAGUUCAUUAUACUGAAUAUCGUGAAUGUUUUUCAAUUGUAGUCACACAAACUAUUACAAUUCCAUGCUAUAUAUCCUUCGCUAAAAUUAAUCUUGUCAUAAUGGCUGGAGAGAAAGGAACAGAGAUUCGAGAUGACAAGCCAUGGAGUGAAUUAGCGCUUAGUUAUGAAAAUCAACACCACAUGGCCGUUACACUUUUUGAGCACACUGUCUAUCUCCUACGCAUCCAGUUGGAUUGUUCUUCACAAUUGGGAACCGAAUUAACUGAAACUGGUUGUAACCUUGCUCAAGAUGUGAAUGUUUGGAUUGAUCUAAAUGAUGAUGGAAAAUUUGAUCCAUCAGAAAUCGGAACUCCUUAUCCUUGGCCCUUAACUAGUUAUAUGGCAGAAGGAAUCUACGAUAUACAAAUAUAUGUACCAUCAUUCGAUAGCAGAUAUUUAACAAGUGGACCGCAUCGGAUGUGCAUUGCUGUCGCGCCAACAAUUGAUGCUACUCCCAUAUCUGCACUACCACAUAACGCGGCAUGUUCUCCUGAUGUUGGUAAAAUUAUUCUUGUUAUGAUGGCUGGUGAACAUCGAACACAGAUUCGGGAUGAUGAGUCAACGACAGCUGCAUUGACUGGCAACACUCAAAAUUAUCAACAUCGAUAUAUUGUACUGUAUGAAGACACCAUUUAUCUGCUACGCAUCCAGUUUGAAUGCACUGCACCAUCAGACACAUCGUCAGUUGACAACAACUGUAACCUUUCUCAUGAUGUGGCUGCCUAUAUUGAUCUCAACAAUGAUGGGAAAUAUGAUAAUACAGAGUAUGCAGCUCCCUACCGCUGGCCACUCACUAGCUAUAUGCCAAAAGGUAUCUAUGAUCUACAAAUAUAUGUACCUAUAAUCAAUGAAACAAAGAUGAAAAGUGGACCACAUCUUCUGCGCCUUGAAGUAAUGUUAAAUGAGCAAUAUCGUGAAAAAUGUGGCAAGAAUUACUACAGAGAGACACGAGAGUAUAAUGUCACCAUUCUUCGAAAUAUGAAGCAAUCAGUCGAUAUUGGCGACCCAUAUUUGACAUUAAGUGAUUCAAUAUGUUCUCAAACUAGUGGCAAGGUCGUGCUUGUUAUAAUGGCUGGCGAGCAAGGAUCACAUAUUCGUGAUGAUACACCAAUAAAUACUAUCAUCAGACAGGAUCAAACUCGACACUACAUGGCCGUUACCUUAUAUGAAAAUGCUAUCUAUCGAAUACGUAUUCAAUUGGAUUGCGACCAACGCUCCACCAAGGGUUCAUUUAAAGUCAGUUGCAAUCUUGCUUAUGACGUCAAUGUCUUUAUUGAUCUAAACAACGACGGAAUAUUCGACGAAUCAGAAAGCCGUAUUUCUCACCGAUGGCCGCUACGUAGUACAAUGACGAUAGGCAUUUAUGAUUUGGAAAUUCCUAUACCGAGUAUCAAUGAACAAACUAUGAGAAGUGGUUCACAUCUUAUGCGCAACAAAGUCAUGUAUUGUAUGCCUGGCAGCUUUGCCUGUUCAGAAGGCAAUAAUGCUAUUUUUAUGGUGAAGUUAUUGGGUGAGCAAAAUACAGAGAUUUUGGAUGAAACAAAAAAAUGUAGCUCUACAAAUAAUUAUAAUGAUCGAAGCGAUAUAGCUGUGACAUUGUUCGACAAUACAGUUUAUGGUCUUCAAAUCGAAUUGUGCUGUGUUAAACAAUCGGACUAUGAUAAUUUAAGCAGCCAAGACUCGUCUGUGUUUCAAACACACUGUGACAAUGCUCGCUAUCUUGGUGUAUGGAUAGAUUUCAAUGAUGAUGGUACAUUUGAUGAACGUACAGAACGGUUAGCUCCUAACGAUUGGUAUAGAGAAGAUCCUCAAAUGACUCGAUAUGAUUUAAGUAUUGCAAUUCCAGGAAUUGAUGAUAGAUAUUACUUCAGCGGACAACAUCGAAUGCGUAUUGUUCUGUCACAAGAUGAAAGAAAUCGUAAGCCAUGCCAAGCCACUGGUUACGGUGAAGUACGAGAUUACACAGUACAGAUCAUGCAGACAACUGCACAUUGA